GAGCAGGAACCAAUAAUUGAAAGGAGUGGAAUUAGGAAACUAUGGCUUGGAGCAAAGAAGAAACUUACAAAACAUGAAGAAGACAUGGAUUCCAAGAAUACUCAUGAAGAGAAUAUUUCAGGAAAUGUGCUAUAUGGUUUGAAGUCCUCUUUCGGAAGCCUAGGAGAGCAAAAGAAAGAUCAGAAUAAGCAUGUGAUAAUGGAGUCAAAGGCAUCAAGAUUAUUCACCAAAUUUGUGAUUCCAAGGAGAAGUGGUCCAACCAAAACAAACAGAAAAUGUUCACAAGAUUGCAAUGAUGUAUCAAUUAAUGAAAGAAGAAGGAAGAGCUUAAAGAUAUCUGAAGGUACUUCUCAUAAGAAAGAUGAAAGCCAUCAUCACCAAAGUCUUGUUGAGGCAGAAAAAGAGGUAGCCAAUCUCAUCUAUAAAGAUUAUAAAGGAAAACCAAGCCACAAGCCACCCAUCAAUAAUAAUGAGCCUGGAAAUUGAGAUAGAUCCAAAGAUAAGAAGAGUGUAAUAAUAAUAAUAAUUAAUAAUGAUGAUAAUGCCAUAGAUAGAUCCAUAUAUUAUACUAUAGUAUAUGUAUUUAUUAGGAAAGUUCUGUGCCAUGUAGCUAGAUAACAAUUAAUUAACUACUUUGGUAUGGCCUUGCAGCUAGAUAUAACUAAUAUAGGUUUGGUUUCCUAUUAUAUCUAUAGUUUUAUAUUUUAUUUUAUGUGUAUCAAACAUAGGACUUAAGUGGUUUCAAUUUUCUUUUCAUCAUAUAGUACUAAUCAAGCUUGGAUAUAGGUAAAGUUUCUGUAGCCAAUAAACUAUAGCUCAAAUGACAUAAUUUUUUCAUAC